CCACUUGUGAAUUUCUUCCUCGCUCGCCUCGCUCUUGCUUGGCGGGGAGGAGAGGGAGGGAGGGAUGCUUGUCACCUACUCCUUUCAAGCUCCCCCACUGCCCCCUCUCACACUUCUUCCGCCUCCUUUUCCAUCAGAGUAUUGUUUUUCUUGAGGCCCAAAGCCAGCACAGAGCAAAAGCAAAGGGAGGAAGCAAGGGAGGGAGGGUGGGGGCCAAAGGAAGCAAGCAGCUGCUCGUUCACUCCUCGAGCAUUGCAGCGCUUGCUCUGUGCUGGCCUGGUCUUGCUCGGUUGCUCUUCGUCCUUGCUUGCUCGGCGGUGAUGGACAGGCACACCUGCAAGCUCUGCUUCCGGCGGUUCCACAAUGGCCGCGCGCUGGGCGGCCACAUGCGCUCCCAUGUCAUGGCUGCCGCGGUGACGGCAGCGUGGCAGCUGCCGCCGCGUCCGCAGUCGCCGCCGCUCUCCCUGGCGUCGACCUCGUCCAUCGAGAUGGACGGCGAGCUGGCGCAGCACAGGCCGCUGGCGCCGUGCGGUUUACGCGACGGCGCCAAGAGAAGGGUCGGGAUCGGCGCCGGUGAAUUCUCCGGCGGUGGGGCGGCCGGCGGCGCGUUGUCGGUCGUUCAGGACGGCGAGAGCGACACGGAGUCGUCCCCGCGGUUCGUCGUGAGCCGCCGGCGCUCGAAGCGGGCGCGCCGUCGCGCCGCGCCGCCGCCGGAUCCCGAGCAGCCGGCGAGCAGCGUCUCCGACGCCGCGACGGAGGAGGACGUGGCCAUGUCGCUGGUGAUGCUGUCCCGGGACUCGUGGGCGCGGGCCAGAUCCGGGCCCGAGCACCACUGGGGCCCGGCGGCGAGCUCGGAGGCCGAGCAGAACAACGGCGGCGGCGGCGCGGACGAGGCCGAGCGCGACCAGGAUCACGACGUCGCGCGGCCGCGCGGCCGGCACCAGUGCGGCGCGUGCAGGAAGGUGUUCCGGUCGUACCAGGCGCUGGGCGGCCACCGCGCCAGCGUCAAGAAAGGCAAGGGCGGGUGCGUGUCGGCGCCGCCGGCGCCGCCGACGCCUCCCGCCGCGCCGCCGUCGUCCAAGUCCCGCCGCGCCGAGGCCGCCCCGGCGGUCCACGAGUGCCCGUUCUGCUUCCGCGUGUUCGAGUCCGGGCAGGCCCUGGGCGGCCACAAGCGCACGCACGUGCCGUACGCCGGCGCGCCGUCCCCCUCGGCGCCAACCAAGUGCGGCGACAGCUCCGGGUCCAUCGACCUCAACGUGCCGGCCGCGGCGGACGACGACUUCGAGCUCUCCGCCGUGUACGACGCCGAGUUCGGCAGCAGCAGCAGCAGACAGUGAGCCCACCUGCUGACGCUGACGCCGAUCGGUACCCGCCUGCAACCAGCGCCAGCUUCAGAUCGGACGACGUGGAGAUCGGUGAUCGCUCGAGGUAAGGGCUCGGGGUCCAUGCAACAAACACAAGGAGAACAGCAGCUGAGCGUUUCGUUCUCUUUCUCUUAUUUUCUCUGUUUGUUACUCUACUGCGAUUGGCAGUCGAGCAGCGCGUACCUAAUUAGAUCAACAGCAUAUUCAAUUCUUUUUGGUCACCUGUACCUAAAUCAAAUUGACCCAUUACUACUUCAAACUUGUCAUUGAAAGGUGGGGGAAGAGAGAACUGCAUUCACCAUGUUGUUUUA